UAGGACUCCGGAGCCAUCUAAACUUCCGGUGCCUGCAGCGCAGUAAGAGGCAGCAGCCGCACUGAUCGAGGUUGCACAGGCAGAGGCUACAGGGAGCAGGCGCGGGUCAGCGCAGCCAUGGUGAAGAUCAGUUUCCAGCCCGCAGUGGUGGGCAUCAAGGCCGAUAAGGCCGAAAAGGCAGCAGCCUCUGGCCCGGCCUCGGCAUCUGCCCCGGCCGCGGAGAUCCUGCUGACGCCGGCGAGGGAGGAACGCCCCCCUCGCCACCGCUCCAGGAAAGGGGGCUCUGUGGGUGGUGUGUGCUACCUAUCAAUGGGCAUGGUUGUGCUGCUUAUGGGCCUUGUCUUUGCCUCCGUCUACAUCUACAGAUACUUCUUCCUUGCUCAGCUGGCCCGAGACAACCUCUUUCACUGUGGCGUGCUCUACGAAGACUCCCUGUCCUCCCAGAUCCGGACUCGCAUGGAGCUGGAGGAAGAUGUGAAAAUCUACCUUGAGGAGAACUAUGAACGCAUCAAUGUCCCCGUGCCCCAGUUUGGUGGCGGCGACCCUGCGGACAUUAUCCAUGACUUCCAGCGGGGUCUCACUGCCUACCACGACAUCUCCCUGGACAAGUGCUACGUCAUCGAACUCAACACCACCAUUGUGCUACCCCCGAACUUCUGGGAGCUCCUCAUGAAUGUGAAGAGAGGGACCUACCUCCCACAGACAUACAUCAUCCAGGAGGAGAUGGUAGUGACAGAGCAUGUCAGUGACAAGGAGGCUCUGGGUUCCUUCAUCUACCACCUGUGUAACGGGAAGGACACCUACCGGCUGCGGCGCCGGGCUACCCGGAGGCGGAUCAACAAGCGUGGGGCCAAGAACUGCAAUGCCAUCCGCCACUUUGAGAACACAUUCGUGGUGGAGACGCUCAUCUGUGGGGUGGUGUGAGGCCUCCCCUCCAGGCCCACCCCUGCCCUCUUUCCUUCUGGCCACUCUCUGGCCCUCCUCCUCCCCUUUGCUUAG